AUGGUGAAGCAGCCGUCUGUGCCAUUAGGAUUUAGGAUCUGGAGCCGGUCGAGGUGGGCUGUGGGAGGAGGCGGCGUCGGUCUGUGGCUUGAGCAGGCGGCGCCGUCCGGCUGUGGGGGAGGAGCCGGCGGCGUCGGGCUAUCGGGCGUUGGGCCGUGGGGGAGGCGGCGGCCAGCUGUGGGGGAGGAGGUGGCGGCGUCCACGUCGAGCAGUGGGGGAAGAGCACUGCUGAGGAGGGGUUGGAGGGAGGGCGGUGCCGGCGGGGUGGAGGGAGUAGGCGGCGCCGGCAGGGCCGCCCUCGCCGGCAUCCUGGAGCGCGUCGCGAUGCGCAACGACGCGGCUGCGGUCAUGGCUGCGCCCGCGGAGUUGGCCGCCGCGUCGGCGUUCCGGGCGACGACCAAGCCCGACAUCUCGAUUCGCGCGUACGCUGCUGCUGCUUCCCCGGCUGUGACUCCUGUUGCUGCUGCUUCCCCGGCUGUGACUCCUGCUGCUGCGGCAGGAACUACUGCGACGCCAUGCCUCUGA